CACUGCUCGUUGCACCGGUCAACAUUGUAGCAGACAGCGAACGGAGACGAUGGCAUUGCGUUUUACAUUUCUCAAAAAUUUUCAACGUAAUUAUCGAAGGUGGAACCACUUUCAAAGAUGUCGAUAUUAUUCAAGCACUUCCCCAAGUCAUGAUGCAAAGUAUGCUGUAGGCAGUAAAAUUUUAGGUUACUCUGUGAAAGAGGUAGAAAAAAUAUCAGAACUCAAUCUUACUGCUAUUCGUUUGGAGCACGAUGAAACUGGAGCAGAUCAUUUACAUCUUGCUUGUGAUGAUACAAAUAAUCUGUUUAGUGUUGCGCUUAAAACCAUUCCCGAAAACAGUACUGGAGUUCCUCAUAUAUUGGAGCAUCUUGCCCUCUGUGGAUCUCAGAAAUAUCCAUGCAGAGAUCCUUUCAUGAACAUGUUAAAUAGAUCUUUGGCUACUUUCAUGAAUGCUUUCACAGGUAGUGAUAGCACAAUGUAUGUAUUCUCAUCCCAGAAUGGGAAAGAUUUUCAAAAUCUUCUUUCAGUGUAUUUAGAUGCUGUUUUUUUCCCAUGCUUGAGAGAAAGAGACUUUAGACAAGAAGGUUGGAGAUUAGAACAUGAAGACAUUAAUGAUAAAAAUUCUCCUAUUAUCUUUAAAGGUGUUGUCUUCAAUGAAAUGAAAGGAGUCUUUUCUGACCCAAAUCAGUACUAUGUCUCUAAGCUGCAAAACUCACUAUUUCCUAGUAACACUUAUUCUUAUGUAUCUGGAGGUGAUCCGUUAGCUAUUCCUUCCCUUACAUGGAAAGAACUUAAGCAGUUUUAUGCAAAGCAUUAUCAUCCUAGCAAUAGCAGAUUUAUCACAUAUGGAAAUUUGCCACUUGAAUCUCAUCUUGAAAACAUCAUAAUUAAUGUUUUGCAAAAAUAUGAGAAACUAAAUGUUGAAAAUGAAGUUCCUGAUGAAAAAGUGUGGGAUAAGCCUAAGGAAAUUGUUGUUCACAACAGGUUUGAUCCUAUGGCAGCUGUACCUGAGAAACAAACCCUGAUUAGUAAUAGUUAUCUUCUUGAAAGAGUGACCAACACACGUGAAAAUUUUGCUCUAAGUAUACUUGGAAAUUUGCUCACUGAUGGUCCUAAUUCACCAUUUUAUCAAAGCUUAUUGGAGUCUGGGAUUGGGCCAGACUAUAGCCCUGGUACUGGUUAUGAUGGAUCUCUGAAGCAGAGUAUAUUUUCUGUUGGCUUGAGAGAAAUUGCUGAGAAAGAUAUUGGAUUAGUAAAGGAAGUGAUUGAAUCAACAUUUGAUAAUGUUAUAAAAAAUGGCUUUCCUGAAGAGAGAAUAAAAAGUGUAUUACAUAAUGUUGAACUAUCUACGAAACAUCGCACAUCAAAUUUUGGCAUACAUUGUGCUAUGGCUGUUGAUUCGAUGUGGAAUCACAAAGGUAAUCCUGUAGUUGCUUUUAAGGUCAAUGAUCAUGUGAAUUGGUUUCUUAAGCAACUGGAAGAAAAUCCUCUUUUUCUACAAGAUAAAGUUGUGCAAUAUUUUAAAAACAAUAAUCAUAAACUCACUCUUAUAAUGUCACCUGUUGAUAAUUUUGAGGCUGAGCAACAAGCAAAAGAAAAGCAAUUAUUAGAAUCAACUAUAGCAAAUUUAAGUGAUGAUGAAAAGGUCAAGAUAUAUAAUGAUGGUUUAGAGCUAGCAAAACAUCAAGAAAGCAAUGAUGCAUCAUGCCUUCCAAGUCUUCAGAUAGAUGAUGUUGUAAAGAUUGCUGAAGAGACUCCAUUAAAAUUUACCUCACUUGGUCAUUACAUGAAUAGUGUGAAAGUCCAGUUAUGUGAACAACCUACAAAUGAAGUUGUGUAUUUUAAAGCUUUAGUGGAUAUUGCUUCUAUAGCAGAGGAAGAUAUCAUGUUGUUACCUCUGUUUUGCUCUAUAAUAACUCAGAUGGGUGCUGGUAAAAGGAAUUAUAAAGAAUUUGAUCAAGAAGUUAAUUUAAAAACUGGUGGACUCGAUGUAUCUUUUCAUGUGUCUGAUAAUCCAUCAGUUCAAGAUAAGUUCGACAUGGGAAUACUUUUUUCAUCUUACUGCCUCGAGAAGAAUGUAAGUGACAUGUUUUCUUUGUGGAAGGAUGUUUUCUGCGAUGUUCAAUUGAAGGAUAAGGAAAGGCUGUCUCAGUUGAUUAAAAUGACAGCAGCAGAACUGGCACAAGGUAUUGCUUAUCGAGGUCAUAUCUACUCAAUGACAAAAGCUAAUAGUUCUUUAAAUAUUGCAUCUAAUAUAAAGGAAAAAGCAUCUGGUUUAUCACAGAUAUUAUACAUGAAAAAACUAGCUGAGUUGGAAAACUAUGAUGAGGUGUUGGAAAAACUGAAACAAUUGUCCAGUAUGCUCUUGCAACGAAGUACCAUGAGAUGUGCAAUAAAUGCUACACCUGGUGCAUUAUCUCCUGCUUUUGUAAACCUUGACUCAUUUGUAAAUGAUGUCCCUCAGUAUCCAGUUGUCAGUAGUGCAAAACAGAUCGAAUCCUCCUGCCAGCUGACUGAUAAGAAAAUUCAUUUUGUCUUGCCCUUUUCUGUUAAUUAUGUUGGUCAAAGCAUUUUAACCAUUCCUUAUUGCCAUAGGGAUUUUGCCAGCUUAAAAGUGGCCUCUGAACUGCUGUCACGUAAAUAUCUUCAUCACCAGAUACGAGAGAAAGGAGGUGCAUAUGGUGGAGGAGCAAAAUUAGGAAAAGGAGGUCAAUUUAUGUUCUAUUCAUAUAGAGAUCCUAAUGUUUCAAAGACACUAGAUUCUUUUGUUGCUGGAAUAGAAUGGUUGAUACAAACUAAUCACUCUGAUCAAGAUAUAAAUGAGGCUAAACUUGGAGUUUUUCGGGAAGUAGAUGCACCUGUGCCUCCUGGAUCUAAAGGUUCCUUGUUUUUCAAAGAAGGAAUAUCUCAUGAAAUGAAACAAGAACUCAGAGAUCGUGUUUUCAGCUGUACUAAAGGAGAUUUAGUAGAAGCUGCACAAAAGUACUUGCAGAAUCCAACGCUAACAGGAACAGCACUAAUUGGACCAGAAAAUCACAUAACAAAAUCAGAAACCUCUGACUGGAAAGUAUUAGCUGAGUGAACUGCAAUGUUAUUGAGAAUUUUUUUUAACUUCCAUCUUCAAGUGUACCUAUAUUGUAGAUACUAAUUAAGUUGUAUAUAAUCAUAGAAUCAAGCCAUUUGAAGUUUUUUUCAUUGUCAACCCUUCUCAUAUAAAAAGAAUUGUAAAUGUAUUUAAUUUAUUACUAGUAAUCAGUUUAAAUCUUAUGAAGUAUAAGUUUUUGCAUGUUUUCAUGAGUAAAUAUAUCAUCAAUUAUGCUACAUUUGUUGGACUUUCUGGAAUAAAUAAGAAUUUAAUGACAUAAUUUUAUAGCAUCCCUUUUAUAUAUAUAUAUAUAUAAGAACUUGUAAUGAUGCAAUAUAAUUGAACUAAAUCAAGACUUCAUGGGAAAAAAAAAGUGUAUCCAUGAUAUUUUAUAUAUGUAGAGAAUCUGAGUUUGUAUGAUCAUAUUUUAUGGAAUAAAAAUUCUUCCCUUUUUAAUAUGUUCACA